AGGUAGGGAGGAUCGAUAACAGGCUGAGAAACAGAAACAGGAAGGUGUGAAUGUGUGUGUGUGUGUGUGUAUGACGGCAGCUGAACGACACACGACAGGCAAAGUCCCUUUUCUCAGCAACUCACUUCUUCUGGGAGUUUAUCCGUUUUGUUGCCUGUAGAUGUGCUGAGUGUGUGUGAGAGUAUGUGAGGGAGAGAGAGAGAGAGAGAGUGUGUCUGUGUCUGUGUGUGUGUGUGACAUGCCUGAAGAGGAAUAUUAGCAACAUGAGCAUCAACAUGGAUUCCCAUCACAGGGCAGCUCUGGAUAUCUCCACCAGGAACCCUCAGGAUGAUUUUGAGCUCCUGCUGAGAGUCGGAGGAGGAACCUACGGAGAAGUUUUUAAGGCACGUAACAAGCAGAAUGGAGAGCUGGCAGCCAUUAAGGUCAUCAAGAUGGAACCAGAGGAUGACUUUUCUAUCAUCCAGCAGGAAAUUGUCAUAGUGAGGAGCUGCAAACAUCCCAACAUAGUGGCUUAUUAUGGCAGCUACAUAAGAGCCAAUAAACUGUGGAUCUGUAUGGAGUUCUGUGGAGGAGGCUCCCUGCAGGAUAUCUACCAUGUGACUGGUCCUCUGUCUGAGCCACAGAUCGCCUACAUCUGCAGGGAGAUGCUGCAGGGCCUCGACUACCUGCAUGCACAGAAGAAAAUCCACAGAGACAUCAAGGGUGCCAACAUCCUCCUCAACGAUCAGGGCGAGGUCAGACUGGCUGACUUUGGGAUCUCGGCUCAGAUCACUGCCACCCUGGCCCGGCGGAUGUCCUUCAUCGGGACGCCAUAUUGGAUGGCGCCAGAGGUGGCAAGGGGAGUCCUGUUCCUCAUGUCCAAGAGUGGCUACCAGCCUCCUAAACUGAAGGACAAGUCUAAAUGGUCCUCCAUGUUUUAUAACUUUGUAAAGGCCAUGUUGGUGAGGAACCCGAAGAAGAGACCCAGCGCCUCCAAGAUGCUCUCAAACAUGUUUUUGACCCAGCAAGGCCUGAACCAGGAACUGACCCUGGACCUGCUGGAGAAGUAUCGACACCCUGAGAAACUCAAGUCCUGCCUGGUGACGGAGGACGACGAGAUGGAGGUGACAGGAUCUUUGAAGAGGAUCCAGUCUAUCAACAAGCACAACCGGGCAGAGAGGACAAACUCUGACAUUAGCUUGGAACAGAUUUACACUCGGAGGCCUGUGAAGAAAGAAUCACCAAACACAACAUUAAGACCUUCACUGGGAUCCACCGGCAGUACCAAGAGUCCAGCGAGGGAUCAGGACACAGACUCGGACGACGACUAUGACGAUGUGGAUAUCCCUACGAUGCAAGUCACCAGACUCAUAAUGCCAACUGAUGAAACUCCGCCUCCACUUCCUCCAAAGCCCAAAGCUCGGACCAGCUCAGAGGAAAGCAUAGCGGGGGAAGACGACCGGGCGAGGAAACCCUGCUCUCUGUACGCCCCCACCCCUCUCACCAGGACCUCCAGCGGGACGCAGGUCCGACCUACGCCCCGGCCACGACACUCACGGCACUCAGACCCUGCGUCCUGCCCUGCCCAGUUAACUGACAACCCCGCAGACAUGAUUCCUCCUGAGCUCCCCCCUAAAGGAAUCCGCAGACGGCAACCCACAUCAAAGGACCCUGCUGAGUGCGCCAGCCCCGUCAUGAAGAAACCUCCUGUGUACUUUAAAAAGAUCUUCCAUGGCUGCCCUCUGAAAAUCAACUGCUCCACCACCUGGGAGAACCCAGCUACCAAAGACCAGCAUCUGAUCCUGGGGGCAGAGGAAGGGAUUUACACCCUCAACCUCAGCGGCUCAGAGGCCACGAUGGAGCUGUUGUAUCCAGGGAAGUGUACCUGGGUCUACACCAUUCAUAACGUCCUCAUGUCUGUGUCAGGUAAAUCAUCACAGCUUCACUCCCAUUCGCUGAAGGAGUUGUACGAUCAGGCUCGGAAAGACCAGAGGAUGGUUUCGACUCACAGACUGUUACCAAGGAAAUGUGCAGUGACGUCUAAAGUACCUGAUACCAAAGGCUGCAAGACCUGCGCAGUUGCAGGAAACAUCCAGCGAGGCUGCGUGUUCCUGUGCUGUGGUCUGGAGUCCAGCGUUGUGCUGCUGCAGUGGUACGAGCCCAUGCACAAGUUCAUGCUCAUUAAGCAUUUUGACUUCCCCCUGCCCAACCCUCUGCGGGUGUUUGAGAUGGUGGUGGUGCCCCAGCAGGAGUACCCGCUGGUGUGUAUCGGCGUCUCUCGGGGGUCCAGCCCCAACGUGCCUGUCACUGUGGAAUACAUCAACCUCAACUCCAACACGUCCUGGUUCACCAACUCUGGCCUGGAGAGACCUUGCCCAGAUGUAGUUCAAGUAAACCAGUUGGACAGCAACUCCCUGCUCGUCCUCAUAGAAAAGUCGGUACAUAUAGUCGGUCUGGAGGGGGAGCUGAAGAGCAACAGGCCUCUGACACAUGAGACCACCUUCUCUCAUGACGUUGAGUCUAUAGUGUAUUUUGAGGAAACGCUGCUGGCAGUGUGGCGUCACGGCUGGCAGAGGAGAAGACAAAGUUUCACUGAGGUGCUGGAGGAAAUCACCGACCUCAGAAAGAUCUACCGGCUGGUGCAGUCCGACAGGAUGGUCGUCUUGGAGACGCGUUCGACCGAUGACCCGGUGGGGCUGUCCAACCUGUACGUCCUGGAAAUUGCUGAGAACUAUGUCAUGCUGCCCUGACUCUCCUGUCUGCUGGCAUGGGGCAUCAUGGGAAACUCCCACUAAUGCCUCCAUGCAGAACUUCCAUCAUUAACUCUGAGGGAUCAUGGACGCCACAGUGUUUUAUUUUCUAAUGGGAGAAGAGGAGAUACAGUAUGUCAGAAAGAAGUGAUGUGCAGGAUGUUGCAAAUUCAUGCUGACCCAAGAGGAUUGUUGUGUUGUUGCUUCCAAUCUGGGCAAGUCCGCUCUUAUUUAUGCUGAUUUCAACGUGUGAGAUCCAGAACAACCUCCAGUAUCCAGACACAUGAGAAAACCCUAAACAAACAGUGAAGGAAGGUCCUCCUCUCAUACUUAAGAGGAGUAUCUCAGUUGAUCACAGCAACAGCAGCUGCCUGCAGGGAAUGAAAAAUGUGGCUUCCAGAAUAUGCCACACACAAGCAUAAAGGACUGGAUGGCCUGUGUAGUUUGUAACCUGGGUCUGUAUUUCAGAUAUACACACUUCUCACUGCCGUUACACUGUAAUAAAAUGAAUUAACAAAA